UCCCUGUCCAGGAGCAGAGGUGGCGCAUGCGCAGAUCGCCCUACGCCCUCUCACUACAACCAUGUCAGCCAGCGGGACGCUGUACACUUACCCUGAGAACUUCAGGGCCUUCAAGGCCCUGAUCGCUGCUCAGUACAGCGGUGCCAAAGUAACCGUAGACAGCAGCUUUGUCUUUGGGGAAACCAACAAGUCUGAUGCCUUCCUGAAGAAGUUCCCUCUUGGCAAGGUUCCAGCCUUUGAGUCUACUGAUGGCAAGUGCAUUUUUGAGAGCAAUGCCAUUGCUUGGGCAGUGGCCAAUGAGCAGCUCCGUGGAAAGUCUCCCAUGGACCAGGCUCAGGUGGUCUCCUGGAUGAACUUUGCUGAUAAUGAAAUCCUGCCAGCCUCAUGCACCUGGGUAUUCCCAUGCCUCGGUAUUAUGCAGUUCAACAAGGGUAACACUGAGCGUGCUAAGGAAGACAUUAAGAAAGCUCUUGCUGCUCUUAACUCCCACCUUCUGUCCCGUACCUACCUGGUGGGAGAACGCAUCUCCCUGGCUGACAUCACUGUAUGUUGCACCCUUCUCCAUCUCUACCAGUAUGUGCUGGAACCCUCCUUCCGCAAGCCUUAUCAGAAUGCCAACCGUUGGUUCACUACCAUGGUUAACCAGCCUCAGGUAAAAUCGGUUAUUGGUGAAUUCAAGCUUUGCGAGAAGAUGGCACAGUUUGAUAACAAGAAGUUUGCUGAAGUCCAGAGCAAAUUGAAGCAAGGUGGAGGUGACAAGAAGAAGGAGUCUAAGAAGGAGGCAAAGAAGGAACAACCCAAGGAGAAGAAGGAAAAGGAGUCCUCCCCUCCUGCAGCUGCCCCUGCCCCUGCCCCCAAGCCCAAGGAUCCCCUGGAUGCCCUUCCUGCAGGAAACUUCAACUUGGAUGACUUCAAGAGGUUCUAUUCAAACAACGAUGAAGAUAAGUCUGUGCCUUACUUCUGGGAAAAGUUUGACAAAGAUCAUUAUUCCAUCUGGUACUGUGAAUACAAGUAAGUAGAGCCAAUUGUCUUUUGUACAUUAUUAACAGGAAUGUUCCAGCGUGUGGAUAAGCUCCGCAAAAAUGCCUUUGCCUCCAUGUGCGUGUUUGGUGAAGAUAAGGCCAACAAUAUUUCCGGCAUUUGGGUCUGGAGGGGACAGGAAUUGGCCUUCCCUCUCUGCGAUGACUGGACCGUCGACUACGAGUCCUACGACUGGAAGAAGCUCGACCCUGCAUCGGAGGAGACCAAGAAGCUAGUCGACCAGUACUUCAAGUGGAUUGGGGAGGACAACAAGGGCCGCAAAUUUAACCAGGGCAAGAUCUUCAAAUAAUUCUAAACCUACACAAAUGUUAUAUCCUAAUGAGUAAAUAAAAUUUACCUUCA